UAGACUUAAACCCCAGUAGCCAAAACCAUCCUCAUUCCCACUUCCCUUUCUCCAUCAUGUACCCAUCACUCCUCCGCCGCUCCAAAUUCUUAUCGGAACAGCUCCGGACCCGGGUCGUCAUUCGACUAAUGGGUGGUGGACCCCUAAGCUUCCCUGGAGGUCUAAACAAAUGGCAAUGGAAACGUCUCCACGAGAAAAAAGCCAAAGAAAAAGAGAAACGGCUCCUUGAUCAAGAAAAACAACUCUUCCAGGACCGGAUGCGUUCCCAAAUCCGCUCCAACCUCGCUGGCCAAUCCCACCCUAACCUGAAUCCGGACCCAAAUAAGUACAACCCCAUGAGCCCCAACGAGCACCUCAAAGCCCUCGCUGACCGUUUCAUGAAAGAUGGAGCUGAAGAUUUGUGGAACGAAAAUGAUGGGUCAUUGAAACCCCCAUCGGAUGAACAGACUGAAUUCGUGGGGACUAAUCAACAGCCAGGAUCAAUUCAUUCGCCGGUGGAUUUGAGAAAAUUAAUAUCAGAAGGGCGUCAUGUGUCGCAGAAUCGCGAAAAUGGGUUUAAUUUUGUGAAAAGUAGAGAUUAUUCGAUGCUUAGAGAUUUGGGUUUUGAGUCUGGAGGUGAUUCUACUAAGCCUUUAGCGCGGAGACAGAGAAAGUUUAGGAUAAAUGAGAGUUCUUCGAGUGUUGAUGAUGAAGAUCAUGGGUUUGUUAAUGACAAAGUGAAGAAUUUCGUAGGAGAUUCAUGGAAUGAGCGAGGAGGCGUGAGUAAUUUGAGGAAUGUGAGUGAUUUCAUGAAGAAUAGGGGUUCUGAGACAGUAAAACAGAGGAGGUUUCAGAGAAAUGAGAGUGAUGAUGAGGAUGAGGAUUUGGAGGGUGGGGGAGAUAGGAGAGGGAGGAGUGCGACUGAUAUUGGGAGUAGAGCUGCUUUAGGAAAGUAUGAUAUGAAGAAGACAAGAAGGGUUCCAUUAAAGGAGCUUGAUAAGAAUGAUUUUGCGAACGAAGUGGAGUUGAUUAGAUACGAGCUGGGGAGGAAGAAAAAGUUUGCCGGAAAUGAAGGAGAUAAGGAGGAGGAGGAUUCAAUUCUUAGCGAAAAAAGAUUUGAUGAAUGUGGUCUGUCUCCGUUGACUGUCAAAGCACUUAUAGCUGCUGGUUAUGUUCAAAUGACCAGGGUACAGGAGGCUACUCUUUCUGUUUGCCUUGAGGCAGGCAAGGAUGCUAUGGUCAAAGCCAAAACUGGCACAGGAAAAAGCGCAGCUUUUUUGCUUCCUGCAAUUGAAGCAGUUCUGAAGGCAACAAGUAGCAAUGACAAGCCACAAGUGUCCCCUAUAUAUGCUCUUAUUCUCUGCCCCACAAGAGAACUAGCAAGUCAGAUAGCUGCAGAAGCAAAUGCUAUGCUGAAAUACCAUGAUGGAAUUGGUGUGCUAACACUAGUUGGAGGAACACGUUUCAAAGAUGAUCAGAGACGCCUUGAAUCAGAUCCUUAUCAGAUAAUUGUUGCAACUCCUGGUCGGCUGCUGGAUCACAUUGAGAAUAAAGGUGGUUUAUCUGUGCAUUUGAUGGGAUUGAAGGUGCUUAUACUUGACGAGGCUGAUCACCUUCUUGAUCUUGGGUUUCGGAAGGAUAUGGAGAAAAUUUUAGACUGCUUGCCCCGUCAGAGACAGUCGUUGCUAUUUUCUGCAACAAUUCCAAAAGAGGUUCGUCGAAUUUCUCAGCUUGUAUUGAAAAGGGAACAUGCUUUCAUUAAUACUGUGGGUGUUGGUUGUGUGGAAACUCCUGCUAAGAUCAAGCAGUCUUUUCUUGUCUCUCCACACAGAUUGCAUUUUCAAGUAGUGCACCAUCUUCUGAAGGAGCAUAUUCUGCAGGCACCUGAUUACAAGGUUAUUGUUUUCUGUACAACUGGAAUGGUAACAUCACUCAUGUAUCUACUUCUUCGGGAAAUGAAUAUGAAUGUAAGGGAGAUGCAUUCUAGAAAGCCUCAACUUUAUCGAACUCGUGUCUCUAAUGAAUUCCGGGAAUCGAAACGAUUGAUUCUCGUUACAUCUGAUGUUUCUGCUCGUGGAAUGAAUUAUCCUGAUGUUACUUUGGUCAUUCAGGUGGGAAUUCCUUAUGAUCGUGAACAUUAUAUCCAUCGGCUUGGAAGAACAGGACGCGAAGGGAAAGAUGGAGAAGGGAUCUUAUUGCUCGCUCCAUGGGAAGAAUAUUUCCUGAAUGAGUUAAAAGACCUGCCACUCGAGAAAUUCCCUUUACCACAAAUUGAUUCUGAAACAAAUUUUAAGAUGGAGGAGUCAAUGUCAAAGAUUGAUAGUAGUGUUAAAGAAGGAGCAUAUCAUGCUUGGCUAGGGUAUUAUAACUCCAUCAGAGAGAUUGGAAGGGAUAAAACGACGCUUGUUGAGCUGGCCAACCAAUUUUCCGAGUCAAUAGGCUUACAUAAACCUCCUUCCCUCUUCAGAAAAACCGCUCUAAAGAUGGGUUUGAAAGACAUCCCUGGUAUCCGGAUCCGGAGGUAGUACUUAUUGGGAGCAUUGAUGCAUGCAAGCUGCUGGUUAGUGUUGCUGAGAUUUAACUUGUGCUGAAAGACCAGCUUCAAUUUUUAUUCCACUUGAAGGCUGGUAAUAUGUGAUAGGUCUAGCUCCUUCUUUCAAUCACCAUACUAUUGUGUCUUCUAAGCUUUGUAAUUGCGAUUUUGAUGGGUCAUUCUGUUGCAUUAUCCAAUGCAGCGUGUUCAUGAUCAGGGUUUUUGGGUUCUUUAGUUUGAUAGCGGACUGAGAAUGGCAAUGCUUUCAUACACAUGCACUCCUGUUACCCUGUAUAUUGUUGUUUGGUAAUAUAAUUGUUGUUAUUAGUUUUC